AUGCUCGCCAAGACCACCCUCCUCUCUUUGGCUUUCAUUGGAGGCGCUUUUUCUGCACCAGCAAUAUCCGAGAGAACUGAUCUCAAAUCCCGCGCAGAAUGGCAGGACGGCAAGUGCCAAGCUCACAUACACAUCGAUGCGUCCAACAGCGCAGCAUCGGCUGCGACAUCCAUGCACCAAUGGGCGGUUGACAUAAUUAACCAUCAGGGAGCCCAGAUCGGCCACUGGGCCGCCACGAACCCGGCAGGAACCAUCAAGAUACCACUUAAAACUGAGUUAGAGUUGUGGAUCGGUGGUCGGGAGAGAUUUGGUAAUAGCCAUGAUGCGCUUACUCUUGGUUACAACACGCAGAGGUGGAACUCUAGGGACUGUUUCAAAUACACCUUCAAGGCAGCCGGUAUUAGCAACGGUUUGAGAGAUGAGCACGAAUGGUAUUGCCAGUUUGACUGCUAA